AUGAAACCUACUGCUGCAGCCAACAAGCUUACCUCUCGCCACCCACUUCAAUAUCUCUCAUCCCCCUCUCCAACAAUCUCUGCUCUCAUCCAUCUCAUCGGGCUCGCUUCCUUCUCUCUGUCCUAUAAAUAUCUCUUCGACUUCCCAACCUUCAUCAACACCUCUUAUGGCUGGCACUUCCAAUAUCUCACCAUCAUUGGACUUAGCCUCGCUUUCCUUACUUUCAUCUUCGGUUUUCUCGCCGAUAUCACCCUUUCUCCAAAACUUUUCCUCAUCAAGAAUUCUCUCUCAUUAUGUUCUGCUCCUCUCGAGGUGUUGAUAUCUGUACUUUAUUGGGGAAUCUCGGCUAUUGAUAAGAAGCUCUUGGUGCCUCCAGAGAUCUAUAUCAGUCCUUGGGCUGAUGUCGGAUUUCAUGCUAUGCCGGCAAUAUUGUUGACCGUUGAUCUAUUGUUUUUGAGCCCGCCGUGGACGAUCAAUGCAUUGCCCGCGAUGGGACUGUCAUCAACUUUAGCUAUUGCAUAUUGGGCUUGGGUGGAACAGUGUUAUAAGUAUAAUGGAUUUUAUCCAUAUCCAUUAUUCGGACAUCUGGACACAACACAAAGAGCUAUGCUGUUUACUGGAGCUGCAUUAACGAUGACGGUGAGUACAGCAAUGCUAAAGUGGCUUUAUGGAAGAGUCAAUGGUUUGCAGGGUGCUCAAUAUAGGAGCACACCAAAUAACAUUAAGGGGGAAUAG